AUGUCUGUUGCCGUUAAAGGAAUUUUUAUUGUGGGUGCCAAGCGUACUCCUUUUGGUACGUUUGGCGGCGUUUUUCGCAACACAUCAGCAACUGAACUUCAGACUUUAGCAGUAACCGCGGCCUUGAAAGAGGCGGGGGUAGCCCCGGACCAAGUCGAUUCAGUUGUUGUGGGUCAGGUUAUGAGCGCAACUCAAGCUGAUGGCAUCUACACACCAAGGCAUGCAGCACUUAAAGCUGGUAUUCCCCAAGACCGACCAGCAUUGGGUAUUAACAGGCUCUGUGGAUCUGGUUUCCAAUCAAUUAUUAAUAGUGCGCAGGAUAUCUUAACAGGAUCAGCUAAUAUAUCCGUCGCUGGUGGCGUCGAAAAUAUGUCCCAAGCUCCCUUCACUGUACGUGGGGUUAGAUUUGGAACUGCACUUGGGUCCAGCAUUGCGUUCGAAGAUUCUUUAUGGACCGGCUUAACUGACUCAUACUGUGGUCUACCCAUGGGUAUGACAGCGGAGAAAUUGGGCGCCCAGUUCGGUAUCACCAGGGAUGAGGUCGAUAACUUCGCGUUGAAGUCACAACAGAAGUGGAAGACAGCUAACGACGCCGGCCUGUUCAAAGCUGAAAUCGAACCUGUAACUCUGACGAUAAAGAAGAAAGAAGUGAAGGUGGAAGUAGACGAACAUCCUCGUCCGCAGACCACUUUGGAGUCACUUAAGAAACUGCCGCCUGUGUUUAAAAAGGAAGGAUUAGUCACUGCCGGAUCAGCCUCGGGUAUUAGUGACGGAGCUGGUGCCUUGGUCUUAGCCAGUGAAGGGGCAGCUAAGAACCUCAAACCUCUCGCCAGGCUGGUUGGGUGGUCUUACGUUGGAGUAGACCCUAGUAUCAUGGGUUUGGGACCCGUUCCCGCUAUCGAGAACUUACUUAAGGUCACCAAAUUGUCUCUCAAUGAUGUAGACCUAAUUGAGAUCAAUGAAGCUUUCGUUGCCCAAAUCCUAUCAUGUGCCAAAGCUUUGAAGUUGGACUUUGAGAAGCUCAACGUGAAUGGAGGCGCCACUGCCGUUGGACAUCCUCUUGCAGCAUCUGGAUCGAGAAUUACAGCACAUUUAAUUCACGAACUUAGACGUCGCGGCCUGAAGCGUGGUAUUGGAUCUGCCUGUAUCGGGGGAGGACAAGGCAUUGCCGUCAUGGUUGAAACUGUAUAA